CGCGUGGAUUAGUUGUGAGUUCAGAGGAAGUGACAGCCGGCAAAAUAGCCACUGAGUCGAAGUUACAAUUGUGCGGCUGGGGUGGGCAAGGUGGCUACGCACUCGAAGGCUGCGUGGACACCAGCCUGCUUCGGCCGCCGCAACCACAUACGAGCCAGCUUGGUACCGUGUACGCAACUAAGAGACGACGGAGGAAUGGAAAAAGUAUCAAGCCACCAUCAAAAGACGGCGUCACAAAGAGUAACCCGAGCAAGAGGCACCGAGAGCGUCUCAACGCGGAGCUGGACACGCUGGCAUCUUUGCUGCCCUUCGAACAGAACAUCCUCAGCAAACUCGACAGGCUGUCCAUACUGCGACUCUCCGUCAGCUAUUUACGGACCAAGAGCUACUUUCAAGUGGUCAUGCACAAAGAGAAAGAGGACCUUCACGCACACAGACGAGAUCACACACACUACGAGCACGUUAUGCCCGAUGGAGAAAUGUUUCUACAGGCUCUCAACGGUUUCUUGAUGAUCUUGACCUGCGAAGGAGAAGUGUUCUUCGCGACUCACAGCAUCGAGAGUUAUCUGGGCUUCCAUCAGUCAGAUAUAGUCCACCAAUCAGUCUACGAACUCGUCCAUUCAGAAGACAGAGAAGAAUUACAGAGACAAUUGUUAUGGAACUCCUUUUUACCUCCUGAAGUGAACAAUUUAUCAUUACAAGACGUUUUAAGAUCAGAAAGGGCACAUUUACUGGAAAGAAGCUUUACAGUUCGGUUUAGGUGUUUACUUGAUAAUACUUCGGGAUUUUUGAGGUUGGACAUCAGAGGUCGAAUAAAAGUGCUUCACGGUCAAAAUAAAAAAACUGAGGAUCCUCCACUAGCGUUAUUUGCAAUUUGUGCGCCUUUCGGUCCUCCAAGCCUCUUGGAAAUACCACAAAAGGAAGUCAUGUUCAAGAGUAAACACAAGCUUGAUCUUUCUCUAGUCUCGAUGGACCAAAGGGGUAAAAUGUUGCUGGGUUACACUGACGCGGAGUUGGCUAACAUGGGUGGCUAUGACCUCGUGCACUAUGAUGACCUAGCUUAUGUGGCUAGUGCUCAUCAAGAAUUGCUAAAAACUGGGGCAUCAGGAAUGAUCGCGUACCGCUUCCAGACUAAGGACGGCCAAUGGCAGUGGUUACAAACCUCAUCGCGACUCGUCUAUAAAAACUCAAAACCAGACUUCGUUAUCAGCACGCACAGGCCUCUCAUGGAAGAGGAAGGUCGAGAUCUUCUCGGAAAGCGGACAAUGGACUUCAAAGUCAGUUACUUAGAUACUGGCCUAACCAGUCUUUAUUUCUCUGAGUCAGAACAGUUAUCCGGUUGCGAAUCCACUGUCACCACUCCGCCCAGAGCGGCGAGGCGAUAUAAAACCCAAUUAAGGGACUUCCUGUCGACUUGCCGCAAUAAAAGACGGGUACCUCCCACUCCAGCACCCCCUCCAGUCGACUAUCUGGCUGCUGACGCCGUCGCCGCGGCAUACACUAACUUAAAUGGCGCAUACCCGGCCCCUUACGGCGAAUACCCUCCGGCACCAACCUUGCAUUACGCCCCGCCACCUCUCGACGACAGAUUCCUUGCCGCGGACAACCUCUUCCAUCAAUACAAGCCACUGUCCUACCACUACCCGUACGCGCCCAACGGCUUCCUGGAACCGGCGCCGCCCGGGUACGAGGUACCGCCGGCGUACCAUCGGCCGCCGUCGCGCGAGUACGCGUACGUGGACGGCGGCGGGCGUUACGUGAGCCCGGCGGGCGAGCGGCGGUCGCCGGGCGCGGUGGCGGGUCCGAGCCCGGGCGGCUCCAGUGGCUCGGCGGAGCACGAGCGGCUUCAGGAGGCGCCGCGCCAGACGGUGCUGAUGUGGGGCGCGGGCGGCGCGCCGCAGGACGUGCCGCCGGAGUACUCCCCGCCGCAGGUGUGGCGCUAUCCCUCGCACUACCACACGGCCGAGGCGACGCAGUGACGCGGCUGUCGGUCGAUAUGUCCUUCGAGACGACGAACGGGCGCUAAAUUUCGAAGUCACCAAAGAUUCGCCCUUCCAAUCCGAAUUUUUUUAGUAUUUUACUAUUAUUAUUGACGUUGAAAAUAAGAAUAGUGUGAACCGUUCCUAUGUCGCACGUGUCUGAAAAAAUUCUGCACCUUUUCGAUGCGGCUUCUCUUUACUAGUUUUUGUGUUACUCUUUUAUUAUUAACGGUACCUCGCUCAAUUAUUCAAACAUAUCACGUGAAUAGUUUUUGUGGAAACCGAUCUAUUUCUCAUGUCAUGAUGAUCACGACACUCGGUAUUCUUUAGCUUUUCCUAUUUAUAAUUCGAAACACAAUACCCUUACAAGAUCAACGAGUAAUCAGUUAAAGUUAUAGGUUAAAUAUUUUGGCAUUAUGCAUCUUAGAAAAUUAUUUGCAUUUAAAAACAGAAUAAAUACGGCUAUCUAUAAAAACUAUUUAAAUUAAAUCAUACCAUACAUUGAACUUCCAUUACGAACUGUAUAUAAUUUCGUGUGUAUUAUAAGUCGGUAUAUCCACGAGAAGGUACGAACACUCCGAUAUACAAAUAUUAUGUCAAAAGUUGCAGUCACA